ACAAAUCAUUAAGCAGAGCGAGAAGACGGAAGAGAAAGGAUAUAAAGCAGCUUGAGCAGCUCAUAGUCCAUCACCAUCGAUCGCCAUGAAUUCCGGAGUUGGGCAGAUUGAUAUGGAGGAGCCACUUCUGGUGCAGCAGACCAUAGAUGGAAAGAUUCCUGUCCCGGCGGCACCAACUUGGAGUGCUCAGCUGGAGAGCAUCCUGAACGACGACGGCGUGCCGUGGUUGCACCGGAUGCGAGCGGCGACCUGGGUUGAGCUCCGGCUGCUCUGCAACCUCGCCGGCCCCGCCGUUCUCGUCUACAUGCUCAACUACGUCAUGUCCAUGGCUACCCGGAUCUUCUCCGGCCACCUCGGCAACCUCGAGCUCGCCGCUGCCUCCCUCGGUAACACCGGCAUCCAAGUUUUCGCCCUCGGUCGGUCUGAUGGGAAAAGGAAGGACUGGCAUUUCAGGCUUGUAACUGUCAUCCACGUCUUACCAUCAUCUAUUCCAGCAGUAUCUAUAGUGGGAGAUUGCUUCAAUUCCUCACAUUCUACCGGGAGAUCAGGAAGCCACACGCAAAUGCGGACCCUACUUGACGAUUCAACUUCCAAAGGCAUUCCAAGUUGCUGCCGAUUAGCAACCAGGACUUGCCCCCCACUUUCCAGGGGCCAAGAGCAAGAAUCAUUUGCAGAUCAGCCUCAUUUGAGGCCCUUACCAGAAGCAAGCCCUUACCAGCUUAUGAGAACUUGAUCGGGCUUAGCCAGCCCCAAGAGAACGAUGGGAAGAAAAUAUGAAUCUAUAGUCUAACCCAUUUCAAGUGAGACCACCUGAAAGCAUUGCAGUAGCUGUAAACAGGAAAGGGGCUUUAAGCUUUUCAUGAUCUGAUUUGGGGACGAACAACACCUUAUUGCCGUCCAUCUCUCGAAUUUCUACCUCUUUCAGAUCAUCUUCAUCAUCAAGCUUUUCCCCUUCAAUAAUGGAUGCCUAGGGGGGACCCUUAGCUGCAGAUGUUUCUUGUUAAGUUUAGUCAACAAUGGUUGAGUGCCACCAUUUCCUCCUUCUUCCUACACACUACAAUCCAUCUCCUCACCACCAACUGGAGCGAGAAGGUCUCCUUCGAUUUCCAAUCAGGCCCAGAUAGCCAUUCAAACCGGCCGGCCACCAGAGGAACCCUAACCCUAUGCCCCUCUCUCUCUUCGAACCUCUAAUGUUCUAGUAGUAUGAUAAUAUCUAAUCAUAAAUCAAAUUUCGAAUUCAUUUAAUUGGAUUUUGUAAACAUGCUAAAAUGUUUGUAUUGCAUGUUAAACUGUUCAUAUUGCUUUAAUGCAGCUUCACAACCAACUUUGAUAUCAAAACAUGUUCCGAUAUUAAGGUAACAUUUGAAUACAUUGUACUAAAUGAGAUUGACACCCUUUGCACUCAACAAAUAUACACCCAACUAAAAUGAGGAGGGUCCGGAAGGGUCGGUAUUUUUCAUAAUGAAGUAUACUUAUUAGAGUCUUAGCUUUUUUUUUCUACAAUUCCCUUUUUAUCUUUCUAAAAACUUUUUUUUUUCACUUUGAUAAGGGUAAUUUACUCAUUAUAUAUCUCUAUGCACACCAGGUGUGCAUAAUAGAAUGGUAGAAUAUUUAACAUCAGGUACCUUUCAGGCGGAACAAAAGUUUCACAUUAUAUGUACCAUAUAUUGUUUGAUGACUUGAAAAAUUAUAGGAGGCAUUAAAGUUCCACCUAAAUAGGUAGAACUUUAAUGCUGAUACUAAAGUUCCAUAACCACCCAAAAAGGAAUACCAAUAUAAAGAUGCCGUGGGGAUGCGUAGAGGUGUGGGUUCUUGUACUGUUAGCUGGAUCUGAAUUCAUUGCUAAAAGAUGAUCCAAAUUUGAGUACGAAUACAAAUGGUUGACAUGCUUAGACAAAAUUGUGAUUUUCUAGAAAAAUUAUAUAGUUCAGGUUUGCCCCACGGGGUACUGGCGCACCAAUGAAAUCAGUGGCUGGUAGGCAGCCAGUUGCUGGUUCGAAUCAGUGCGUCCCCCUUCCUUUGUUCAGCAAAGGGGAUCUCACUCGAGGGUGAGGCUCUCCUCCCACUCACGCAAUAGUUCUAAGACUCAGUAGAAUUUACAAACUUUGCUUGUUGCAAUACGAUUCCAUUAUUUUCAGUACUUUUCUUGGAUAUCUUUCUUCGAUUUUUUCUUAAUUUCCAACAUGAGCAUA